AGAAUUUCAACUCACAAUUCGCAUGCCUAAUUGAAUUGUGUUCUUUGCUCUUGCCUCACAAUUUCGUUGUCAUCAUCAUUACGUUCAUCAUUAUUAACAAUUGUCCAAUUAGGCAAAACAGUGAUUGAUCAAGUGAUUUGUACAAGAAUUUAAAUUCAAUUUACCAACCAUGUUAAACUAUCAGCAGCAGCUGCAUUCCAUACCCGUCGGCAAUGCCGGCAAUUUCUAUUAUGCCGCCUCGACAAUGCCGUCGGCUACGUAUGCCGCACCGCCUGGGCAGCCUGUGGAGCUGGAAGAGAAGCUGCAUCAAGCCUCCUAUGUCAAGGAUAAGGAAAUUACAAAUCGCCGAGAGCUCGAGAAAAUGCAUCGCUUCACCGUGGACAAUCUCAUUGAACUGAAACAGGAUGCAUUCGCCAAGAGCAAAUUAUCCAUGGAGUUGGCCAAUAACUUUGGCGGCGUCAGCGGUUGUGGCGGCGGUAGUGGUGGCGCCGUCGAUUACCCCAACAAUCUCAGCUCGGGGCACUCCAGGAAGCCGCGUCGCAAUCGCACCACCUUCAGCUCAGCACAGCUAACAGCGCUGGAGAAGGUCUUUGAACGUACCCAUUAUCCUGACGCAUUUGUACGCGAGGAACUGGCCACCAAGGUGCAUCUGAGCGAGGCGCGUGUGCAGGUCUGGUUCCAGAAUCGUCGAGCCAAAUUUCGACGCAAUGAGCGCAGCGUCAGCCUCGGUCGUCCGCUCUUGGACACGGCUACGCAGCUGGUGCCAGCUCCAGUGCCCAACAAUAUGCACAAGUAUCCAAAUUUGACUCACAGUGCACCACCCGGCGCCUACGCCCUGAACUUUGCACCACUUGAGCUGCGCUCCUGCCAGAACUACACGAACUGCUAUGGAGGAUUCGGUGCGACUCCAAGCAGUGCCAAUGGCGUGUGUUCCUUCUUCGGAGCGCCCAACUAUUGUGUAAACUAUGCGAAAAAUGCGUAUCCCUCGCUCUGAUAAGGCACACG